AUGUCUGGCCCUACCAUAAACGGCAAUACGUUCUCCGUCUCGUCCCUCCCAGAUGGCCCUGAGCAGUCCGGUGAGGGCGAGAUGAGAGUCAAUCGUCUCCCCGAGAACACUAAUUACAUCGUUCUCGAGACCCAAGACCCUCUUAAGAGGCCCGAGAAAAGAACCCUCCAAGAUCUCCACGUCGAGUUGCAUGAGUACCUCGGCGGCAACACCUGGCUCUGCCGUUAUGAGCCCACGGACAUCAAGUCCCUGCGCGACCUUGCUUUCGUCAAGGACGCGAAGCCUCUGCAGCCAGAGCUCAAGCUCCAGCCGGCUCUUAAGGAUGAUACGGCUGAAAGUCGUACUGUUGAUAUCAUCCUUCAGAAUCGUGCGGACGACUCUGCUGAGGAUAUCUCCCAGCGUAUCCAAGAUUCUCUUGGCAUCUCACCUGAAGAUAUCACUAUCAGAGAUGGUGCUUCUGUCAUUCGUCUGACAGGUAACAAUGACAAGCUGCAAGAGAUCGCCAAGAUUGAUAGUGUUGGGUCCAUCCAAGAGGUACAUAAGCUCACCUUCUUCAACAAUGUCGCGCGUGAGAUCCUUCAUGCUGAUGUCACUGGACCCAACACCACUAUCUUCAAAGGAGCCGGUCAGACAGUCACCGUCGCUGACACUGGCUUCGAUACUGGAGAUAGGAACAGCACCCACGAAGCCUUUACCGGUCGUGUUAAGAAGCUCAUACCCGUUGGCAGAUCCACCAUGACUAAUGACCUGGAUGGGCAUGGCACGCAUGUUUGCGGGUCUAUCCUCGGAGACGGGCACUCUGAGAAAAUGGGAGGUCCGAUACAAGGGACUGCGCCAGAGGCGACCCUUAUUGUCCAAUCUCUCUUGGACAAUCGCGGUGGUCUUUUCGGUAGAUCUGGAAAGACUCUCACCGAUUUACUGAAUGAAGCCAUCGAACACCAGUCUUUCAUUCAUACCAAUUCCUGGGGUCCCGUCUGGACGCGCCAACUUGAGUACAAUAACGCAAGCACGGGCCUGGACACUUUUGUCUCCAAUCAUCCACAGAUGACAGUUUGCUUCGCUGCUGGUAACGACGGAGAUGAGCCCACCCGUCUUGGCCACAUUGGUGCACAAGCAGCGGCCAAGAACUGCAUAGCUGUUGGAUCAUGCGAUAAUCAGCGCAAGGCCAAGGACAAAACGUUCGAAGCCUUCGACGCCGAUGGAGUUGUCGAGGGCAAUCCCAAUAACAUCUCCCAUUUCAGUAGUCGUGGGCCAACACUAGAGAGACGUAUCAAACCUGAUGUCGUAGCUCCAGGUGCCAUGAUUCUGUCGGCAAUGUCGAGAGAUGCAAAGCCGGAUGACAGAUUCGGUCGUUCAAGUGACCCUGCGUGGAUGUUUCUUUCGGGCACUAGCAUGGCUACUCCGCUUGUCGCAGGCUGUGUUGCCGUUCUCCGCGAGACACUGCAAAAGGACGGUGUAGCCUCUCCAAGUGCCGCUUUGCUCAAAGCUUUGCUUGUCAACGGCGCUGUUAACACGGGCAAGAAAGCUGAAGCCCAGGGCUUCGGCCGCGUUGACCUCGCCAACUCCAUCAUCCUCAAGGGCAUAACUACCAACAAGGGCUACCUUGAGGGGGAGCUUGUCGAUAAUGAUGACGAAGAUGAGUUUAUUAAAACACUCACCCUUGGAGACCUUCUCAUGCCUGAUGGGCCAGACUCGGAAACUGUUACAUUAAAGGUCACUAUGGUGUACUCCGAUCUUCCUGGUGCUGCUCUGCAGAACAACAUCAAUCUUCAGGUUGCUGUUGGUGAUGCGCCGAGUAGAUUCGGAAACUUAGGUGAUAGACCUGAUGACGUGAACAACGUGGAGCAGGUUAUUUGGAGUGGUAUACCUGCUGAGAGGGACACUAAGAUCACGCUUAGUGUCACUGAGCCGAGGACUCUGCUUGGGCAUAAGCAAGCUUUUGCUCUGGUUUGGAGUGUGAUUUGA